AUGGAAGACAUUGGGCUGCGAGAAGUUUCGAGCUCUGAAAACUGUCUUUCACUUGAACCUCCCGAUGGAGGACUAUAUGCCUGGCUGUCUGUUGUCGCUGGUUUCUUCGUUAUCAUGAAUACCUGGGGUUUGGUUAUAUCAUUCGGCGUCUUCCAGAGCUAUUACAUCUCAACUCUGAAUCGUUCAUCUUCCGACAUUUCUUGGAUUGGCUCUCUAAACGUAUUCCUGCUAUUUUUCAGUGGCAUAGCCAGCGGACGACUCACCGAUGCCGGUCAUUUCCACGCGGUUUCAAACCUAGGGGCCUCUCUGAUUAUACUCGGGACGUUUAUGGCGUCCAUCUGCACCCAAUACUGGCAGCUGAUGCUGGCACAGGGUAUCUGUAUUGGACUAGGCAAUGGUUGCUUGCUUACACCGACCAUGGCUGUCAUCGCCACAUAUUUUAAAAGGCGGUUACCUCUGGUACUCGGUCUUGCUGCAUGCGGCAGCGUCACAGGCGGUCUUAUAUACCCCGGCAUGGCGAGGACACUCCUCCCUAGUGUUGGCUUUGGUUGGACGAUGAGAUCAAUUGGCUUUGUUGAGGCAGGAACACUAGCUGUUGCCAUGCUAUGCAUUAGAACAAGGAUCCCGCCCGCCAAACCACGUGUAUUCAUCGACUGGACUGCCUUUCGGGAAUCUGAGUUCUCUCUAUAUACUCUUGGCGCGUUUUUGUCAUUCUUAGGCGUUUUCGUGCCUUUUUUCUUCCUGACUUCCUUUGCAAAAGAAACGCUCGGUCUUUCAUACACGAAAUCUCUCGACCUCAUUCUCGUUCUCAACGGCAUUGGGUUUGUAGCCCGAGUAUUCCCCGGCGUCCUAGCUAAAUACAUUGGGACCCUUAACACUUUCAUCAUCUUGGUAUUCUCGUCUUCAGUAUGUUUGUACACAUGGAUUGCGGUUCAUUCGAUCGGCGGACUCUACGCUUGGGUCACGUUCUACAGUUUGGCGAUAGGCGGUGUUCAGGCGUUAUUCCCUGCUGCAGUUUCAUCCUUGACUUCGGACUUGUCUCAACUAGGUUCUCGAAUGGGACUCAUAUUUGCUGCUGUUGGGAUCGGCGCUCUCAUUGGGUCGCCAAUCUCUGGCGUUAUUAUUUCAUCUAGUGGCUCUUACGUAGGGGCUCAAGCCUUUGCAGGUAGUGCACUGCUACUGGGAGGCAUUUUCAUCUCUGCAGCACGAGAGAUACGGCGGCGAAAACUGGGAAAAGAACUCUUCACCAAACUGUGA